GCAUGAGUUCGACUAAGGAAAGCGUUCUUUUGGCUGCAAAGCAGUUUCUGAACUUUGUCAACAAGAGCCCAUCUCCCUACCACGCUGUCCAAGAAGUAAAGAAUAUUCUUGUAUCAGCUGGCUUCAAAGAACUGAGUGAAACAGAGCCAUGGUCAGUGAAACCUCUGGACAAGUGUUUCUUGACCCGAAAUCAUUCUACCAUCAUUGCGUUUGCUGUUGGUGGGAAAUUUAAGCCUGGAAAUGGCUUCAGUAUCAUUGGAGCCCACACAGACAGCCCUUGUUUGAAGGUGAAGCCCCGCUCUAAAGUUGAUAAGAGUGGGUUUCAGAUGGUGGGGGUGCAGUGCUACGGUGGGGGAAUCUGGCACACCUGGUUCGACCGGGACCUGACCCUGGCAGGUAGAGUCAUCACUAAGAAUGGAGAGAGACUGGAACACCGGUUACUGAAUCUGGAGAAACCCAUCCUUAAGAUUCCUAACAUCUGCAUUCAUCUGAUGAGGGACCACAAUGAAAAGUUCUCCCCCAAUAAAGAAACGCACUUAUUGCCUGUAUUGGCAACGGCUGUUCAAGCAGAACUACAAGGUGUUCCAAAGAACUCUGAAGAAAACAAAAAAGAAGAAGGAUUUAAAUUAGAGAAAGAUAAACAUCAGCCCCUCUUGGUAAAGCUAAUAUGUGAUGCACUGAACAUUCAACCAGAGCAGAUGUUGGACUUUGAACUCUGUCUAGCAGACACCCAGCCUGGUGCUAUAGGCGGAGCAUUAGAUGAGUUUAUCUUUUCGCCCCGACUGGACAAUUUACUGAACGCAUACUGUGCUACUAGUGCUCUGGCAGACUCCUGUGAUGAUGGAAGUCUGGCAUCAGACACUAAUGUAAGGCUGAUAUGUCUGUUUGAUAAUGAGGAGGUGGGUUCUGAGAGUGCCCAGGGGGCUGCCUCCACCCUACAGGAACUGGUUCUUCGUCGACUUAGCGCCGGGGGGACAAGCACUGCUUUCGAGGAGUCCAUUCCCAAGUCCUACAUGGUCAGUGCAGACCAAGCUCAUGCAGUUCAUCCUAACUACCCGGAAAAACAUGAGGACAAUCACAAGAUUGGAUUACACAAAGGAGUUGCCAUUAAGUUCAAUGCCAACCAGAGAUAUGCCACAACAGCAAUGACUGCCUCCAUCUUGAGGGAGAUAGCUAGGCUAGGACAGUGUCCACUACAGGUAUGGCUAGGCUAG